AUGUCGUUGGAGGAACGAAUUCUUGACACACCGAUCACUUGGCGGCUCCUCGAGGAGGAUUUCCACAAAGCAUUUCGUAGCUCUUCGAAAGUUGGCCCAAAUCGAUCGGCUGUGGUGUUCGGGGAGAAUCGAGGGAACACAUCGGUCCUCGUGAUUGCAAGACUCGACUGGACCCCAAACGAUGAGUCAUUGCCCAAAACGGUUGUUCUCAAAAUCACCACUUGUGAAAAAUUGCGACAAGUUGGCGAGAGCAACUCGCAAAUGCAAUUCGAGGGUCAAGAAAAGAGAGCUGCUUUGAUGCACAAUGCCGAAUGGAAUCUUUACGAAAAGGCCCAGAAGUGCCAAGAGUUCUGCGAAACGAUGAAGCUUCCGAAAUAUUAUUGUGGACGAAAUUUCGAUUUUGAGCAUCUCAAAGCAGGCUAUAUAGCGAUCGAGCAAAUCACCGAUUCCAUUUGUUUUCCGGCCUACGAAACAACAAGUGAUGAAGGAGCCGAGCAAAUCGUCAAAAUUUUCGCUAAACUGUCCGCUUUCUCACUCAAAAACCCCGAAAGCGUCAAAUCGAUGCAUGCAGAUGUCAUGGAUGAAAUUCUUAAAAUGUUCGUCAGUAAAGAAAAAAUCGAAGCCGGACUCGACGCGGUUGUUGCGAAAUUUCCCGAUCGCAGAGCGCAAAUUGAAACGCUGAAGAAGUUGCUACCGUUCUACGAGAAUUAUGAGACGCUGCGUGAUCUUAUGAAUUACGGUUUG